AUCCGUAGAAACUGUUAGCUCCGCGUUGUCGCGUUGCCGGCCGGCCGGCACAGGAGCGGGCCACUUCAGUCGGGCCGCUGUCUCCAGCUGAGUGAGACGCCUUCCCCGAGCUGUCCGCAGUCCGGGUGUCCGCUACUGGGGCGCGUGAAAGGCGGACGGACGGACGGACGGACUCUACCGGCUCGCAGGUCGGAAGGACACGUCUUGGAUUGCCAGGAGACGAAACAGGUGACACGGGAGUGGAAUGGCCAGUCGAAUCAGCUGACAGGACAAUUCCAUCAGUGGAGAAGGCCAUUGUGACAGACAGUAACACAGAACAGUUGCAACAGAGCUGCUGAAAGUUUGCGUGAGGUUCGAGACUUGAGAGUGAACCAUCCUCACAGUUAUAUCAUUAUCUACAAAACGAAGACCUAUUCUCGCGACCAUAGCCCCCAGUGGAUGGUGCCUUCCAGCGCCUGCUCUAUCCGGACUCGGCGGCCUGGAGGUUCGACUGCCGCCCGCGGUAGACCUCAUCGAGGUCAAUGCUGGCCAGCUACUUCAAAUCACUGCGACCAGGCGGCUCUCAGCACGACUCGGGCACGGACGGCCACGAGCCCGACAGUCUGGAGGCGAUGCGUACGGUGCUGUCGGAGGGGCCGGAGGCUGGCCGCCGCGCGGCGCCCUGCUCUCCUCACCCGGCGGAGCUGGAGCCGGCCGUACUGCUGCACCUGGAGCGGUGCGCGCACAGAAAGACCCGCCGGCAGCUGCAGCUACUACAGAACAACGCCAGGUCUCUGGACGUUCCCAAAGGCCGGCAGCCGGUCGCCAGCGAGCUCGAGUCGCUGCACAUCGAGUCCGAGACCUCGCUGGCCUCUCUGGAGACGCUGGCCUCUCUGGCCAGUUCUGACCGACUGCUGGACGAGCUCAAACUGCGUGAGAUGACCAUCGCCCAGCUGCGCGGCCGUGUACUGCAGCUGGAGAGAGCGCGGCUCGAUAAGAUCCCUCUCGAUCCGGCCCGAGAGAUCUUCCGGCUCCAGAGCAGCGUGGUGCAGCUGGAGCGGGUGCGGGACGAGCUGACGCUGCAGAACUUCUCGCUCAAGUCGAAACUGUCCGAGUUCACGCAGCAGCUGAGCAGCUCUGGCGUGCAGUUUCGGCUGGACCAGCAGCCGCCGGCGGGCGGCCGGCGCGUUGCGGCCACCCUCGACUCCAGCAGCCUGACCACCAACCUGUCCUUCUCCGGCUCGGCUGAGGACGAGCCGCCGGCCGAGAGCAGGCGGAGCGGCGGCGUGGACCGGCGCGGCACCUACAAGGUGACCAGCCCGGAUGGCGCCGAGCUGCGCCGGCUCACCGGCCGCGUCUCCGAGCUGACCGAGCGAGACGUCGAGCAGCAACGGCGCAUCGGCGAGCUCGAGACGCAGCUGCACAACCAGCGCAACGAGCUGGAGCAGCUGCGCGCCGACUCUGCCCAGCUGCGCGCGCUGGAGGCGCGGCUCCAGGAGAGCCUGCGCCGCUGCGAGCUGACCGAACAGCAGCUGGCUUGUAGACAGGAGGAGCACGCCAUGCUGAAGCUGGACCUGGACGCGCUGCAGGCGGAGAACACCCGUCUGAAGGACGACCUGAGCCGCGUGCUGCGCCAGGAGGCCGAGCACAGCAGCCGCCUGGUGCGGCUCAGCGACUGCGAGUCGGAGCUGGGCCGGCUUCAGGAGGAGCGCCGGCUGCUGGCCGACUCGCUGCAGCGCGAGCGCACGCUGCGCAAACAGUACUUCAACCAGAUGGAGGAGCUGAAGGGCCGCAUCCGGGUGUUCUGCCGACUGCGGCCGCUGAGCGAGUCCGAGCGGCGCCAGGGCGGCGCGGCGCCCAUCGACUGCGCCGACCCGUACACGCUCUGUGUGGGCGGCGACAAGGGCCAGCGAGAGUUCCAGUUCGACCGCGUCUUCACCGAGGACACCAGCCAGCAGCGCAUCUUCGACGAGGUCGAGUCUCUAGUCCAGUCGAGUAUGGACGGCUACAACGUGUGUAUCUGCGCCUACGGCCAGACCGGCUCCGGGAAGACGCACACGCUGCUGGGAGACGAGCAGGCGCCGGGCGUGGCGCCGCGCGCCUUCCGGCGGCUCUUCGAGCUGGCCCAGGCGCGCGCGGCGCAGACCAGCUGCGCCAUCAGCACCUACAUGCUGGAGCUGUACAACGACCGGCUGGUCGACCUGCUGGCGCCGGCCGGAGCGCGCACAGACGAGAAACUCGAGGUGAAGAAGGACCGCCGCGGCACGGUGGUGGUCUCGGGCGCCGCGCUGCUGCCCUGCCAGGACGCCGCCCACCUACAGCUGCUGUUUGAGCGUGCCGUCGGCGCCCGGCGCACCGGCGCCACGCGCAUGAACGCGGCCAGCUCCCGCUCGCACCUGGUCAUAGGCGUCACCGUGGAGGCCACCAGCCGCGUCAACGGCGCCGUGACGCGCGGCAAGCUGAGCCUGCUGGACCUGGCCGGCAGUGAGCGAGCCGCCAAGUCGGGCGCCGACGCCGACCAGCUGCGGGAGGCCAACGCCAUCAACAAGUCGCUCUCGGCGCUGGCGGAUGUCAUCUCGUCACUGACGGCGGGACAGAACUUUAUUCCGUACAGGAACAGCAAGCUGACGAUGCUGAUGCAGGACAGUCUGGGCGGCAACGCCAAGACGCUGAUGUUCGUCAACAUCUCGCCGGCGCAGUACAACCUGGACGAGACGCUGACCUCGCUGCAGUACGCCUCGCGGGUCAAACAGAUCACCAACUCGGCCGCCCGCAACGCCGACAACAAGGAGAUCACCCGACUCAAAAACGUCAUUGCCAAGCUGAAACAGAAGAGCGAAACGAUACUUUCUCUCGGCGAAGACUUCGAUAGCUGACGGCUGCCAGUCGGAGGAUCGUGAGCUAUACCAAAGCUUAUUUUCUGCUGGGGAAAGCAAGCUUCGCUUUUGAGAAGCUUUGCAAGUGUUAUAUGUGGAAGUUGUUAGACGGCAUGAUCUCGUAAAUGUAUCUUGUUGUAUUUAUUAUUGUUAACUUAAGAAUUAUAGCUCAAGAGACAGUGGCCGAAAGAUCACCUCGAUUGGAGGGAGGUCAUGUGGUACAGUUGCAGUGCUGAUAAAGACGCUGGAACACACCGGUUAGUUGGCAGGUGAUGUUUGCAGCGAAACGGCGAUAGCAUAAUAAACACUGGCUAAAUAGAA